CGCGACGACUAGUGCGCGCGUUUCCCCCGCGUGACUCUACGUAGUUGUGCUCUUCACGCGCACACCACUACCACAACUAUUACUACUACUUCUACUACUACUACUACUACUACUACAAUAACAACAACUGUUACUACCGCUACCACUACCAUAUUAUAGCUAAAUAGUGCUGCCGGUAACCACUAACCAGCCUGCCGCAGAUCAGUCUAUUACCGUAAGUCGGCCGGUGAGUGCGUGUCCGCGCUUUCGAUUCGUCGAGCGGCAAAAUACAGGAAAUAAAAACAAUUUUAAAAUCGAAUAUUUUGAUUUCACUGAUAUCGGGAGAUACGCGACCCGCGUGUGGCGUUUGCGUUGGCGGCGCGUUUGAUUUCACUCUUAUCUUAUCGGAGGUACGCGUAUCGUCGUCGUAAUCGUUAUUACUAAUUAUUACCUACUAUAGGUAUUAAUUAUUAUCGAUUUAAUUCUAAUAUUAUAAUAUCACGGGUGUAUGAUCAAAGGUGAUCGGUUUUAAUUUUUUUUUUCUACCGCCUCUUAUCAUCUCGCCGCCUGACCAUAACACGUUAAUAAUAUCAUUAUUAUUGUUGUUGUUUUCGUCGUCAUCCGUUGAUCAUUGUUAAUUUCUUUUCGAUCCCGUAAAAUCAUCGUCGCAGAUCGUUGAUCGUUGUAUACCGUUGGAUGAUGGCCGUUCGGCCGCCAGAGCCACGCAAACCGCCGGCAUAAAACCGAGACGGUAGUUUCGCCAAAGUCGAGUCACUCCAACUCACUACCCACACACUGUGGGACUAAGUUGGGUGAAAAGAAAUCGCAACAGAGUUAACUACACACGAUGAAUACGGCGGCAGUGGUGGCAAUUUCGGUGCUCCUUCUGCACUCGACCACGAUCGGUUUUGUGACUCCAGUCGAGGUGCAUUUCGAUAACCCGGAUGGAGGAUUCUUCGUCCGGCACCCGAUUGGUGGCGGUCCUGGCAACAACCGACAACAACAGCAAAUGAACGGCGUWAGGAGCGGCGAGGAUGACGAAGAGGACGACGCCGGCGGUGGGGCCGUGCUCAGCGUGGACAGGUUCACCGUGUUGCAGGACGUACCGCAGACGUCGAUCAGGGCCAGUUAUGGUCCGUUCUCCACCAAGCAAACGGUACCGUCGCGUUACCUGAUACCAGAUCCGAACUCGGCCGGAAUGUCCGGUGGCGUCAAUGGUUCCGGUUCGUCGGUCGGCUACUCGUCGGCCGUGGACAUAUCGUCGAUGGACGUGUCCGCACACCUGGUUCAGAGGCGCGUGUACCGCGAGAACCCGGUGGUCCGGACACUGUUCCACGUCGGCUACAGCGUAGUCAGGUCACAGUCUUCCGGUUCCGGUCCUCCGCCUCUGAUGCCGAUGUCUGCCGCGGACGCGGUCGGCGGUGGACCCUCGCGGUCCGCCYCCGGCUCGUCGUCGUACGGAAAACUGUGCGCGGUAGCCAAGGCCACGUUCGAGGGAGCCGAGCGGCCGGUCACCGCCGCGUGCAAGCCCGACCCCAAGGACGGCGUCUGCACCGCUCGGCUGGUGUUGCCGGCAAAGUGGUGGCCACCGCUGAACCCGCCGGACGCCAAACCGGUCAAGACGCCGCAGCGGUACGUGCAGAUCUCGUACGCACUGCUCGAGUCUGACCACCGGUGCAGUCAGUCAGACGUGCAGCUCCAGCCGUUCACGUACAUCGGACAGGCUUCCCUGGAGCACGCACAGCGUCCGUACAAGGAGCUCAAGACGGACGCCUACCUGCUGACUCUCGUCCCGUCCRUGCCGCUCUAUCCCAAGUCGUUCACUUACGUGCCCGUGUUUUUCGACGCUGGACCCAAGGAGCAGAACAUCAAAGGAUUUAUACUCAGAGCCAAAGUGAAGAACGGACUGCGGGUGUUGAGCGCAGAGAACAGCGACCCGGAUCGGUGGACAAUCAACUACACGUCGAACCCGAGGGGCACUCAGAUCACGGUGACGGCCGUCCACAAGGGUCUGCCCGCGGCCGCUGCGGCCACGUGGCCGAACUCUCGAUACGAGGAGGUAUUGCAGUGGCUGCUGCAGGUGGACUCGGAGGCCGAGGACGUGUGGGAAGAAGGACGGGUAGUUUGGACUGUACAGUACGUCAUGGAGGCRGCUGGUAACGUAACCAACUGGACGUCGGCCGCAGCCGUCCAGGGAAACCAGCCGAAGGUCGACCGUCACCGCGCCGCGUACAAACAUCACCGGCGGCAGGCGGCCGUGCUGGCCGGACGACGGAGGACGGCCCGGCUAUCCGGCGCYGCCACCAAGAUGCUUUACCUGGACGGCGUCAACGGCGUGUUGGACGGCGUCAAGCGCAAGAUUUCCGCUCGGUUCGAGAUACACAAAGACGACACCGAAGCCGUGCUGCCCAUAUCCAAGAACUGGGAAAUCAUUAACACGGCCGUAUUGACCGGAAAGCAAAUAUCGCACGCGAUGAAAGUGUUCGUGGUCAGCUACGCUGGCAAGAUAUCCGACGUCACCCGACAGUCCGUGUGUCAGAUAGAGGACGACAGCGUGCUUAAGGUUACUUCGUCAUGCAGUUCGGUGUACGUGGACGGAUCGGAAAUCCGGGGAUCGUCCAAUGCCACAGUAAUCGUCAAGUACGAAACGUAUACAGGCACUGCACAUUUCAUCGUGUGGGUACCGGAAAUCAAUGAAAUGGACCUAACCAUCGCCGACCAGAAGUUGAACCARAUCAAAGGCUGGCGGGUGCCGGUGAGCCUAGAAGCCGACGACGACAUGGACGAUUACGUUAACAAGUUGAAAAGGUCCGCCGAGGGCAAAGGUGGCGCUCACAUGAAAUCACCGAUGCCGGAUGGCGAUUUCCGGUUGAACGAAAUGAUCACCGAGGAUAUGGUUGCCGAUGCAUACGACAGAAAGACCAGCUGCCAGUUGAGAUUUCAACAGACGUCGGUUGAGAUAUACGCCAGGUUCAAGGCGACGGACCACGACUCGGGCCGAGUGAGCUACUUCGUGAACCGUCGGACGUGGUUAAAGGUGACCGAUCUGCUGCUACACUACUUGCGGUCGUCCGACCCACGGGUCGCGUCCAUCACGGGGCAGAUCGUGCGCGGGCACAACCCGGGCCGGACCGAGGUGCAGGUGAUCUCGGCGCUGUCUGGGCACGUGCUCGUGUCGAAGGAGAUCCGGGUGGUCAGUGACAAGGUGAGCGUGUCGCGACUGGCAGUGAACGUCGUGUCCGGUCUGCAGCUGAACAUCCGGCCAGACGCGGCCGUGGACAACAACUACAUUGCCGAGACGUCCGUGACCAGGAAGCUGACGGCCAAGUACCAGGAGGGUCUGCUGGACAUCGACCUGUGGUUCACGGACGACACGCGCACGCCCCUGCGGUCGGUGGCCAUGUCCGACUACGCGCUCCGCGUCGAGUCCACCAACCCCGACGUGGUGGCGUUCGCCCCGAUGGCCGCCUCUCCGCACCCUCGGGUCAUAGCCGUCGGUCCGGGUAAGGGGCAGUUGCUGCGCGUGUCGUUCGGUCCGCCCGACGCCUGUGGCAAACACGAACCGGUAGCGGCCGGCGGGGGGCGGAAAACCGUCUUGCCGACAACGCUCAGCGAAACGGCGGCCGAAGUCCAGGUGGACUUUUCCUCGUCCCCGUACUCGGUCGAACAGUUCGUUCAGAACGACGGCGGCGGUGGCGGCGGCAGUGGCGUGCUGAACGUAGGACCGCCCCGCGACAAAAAAGAUCACAACAAGGACUCGGCGGGAAUGGCCAGCAUUGUUGACGAAAACAACGAUGAACCCACAGUGCAAGCUCGACAACACAACAAUAACAACAACAAUCAAAACAACAUUAUCAACCACAGCAGCAACGGUAUUGGGAGUGCAACUGUGCACGCCCACAAAGUACCCGCUCAAGUGAGCCCGUUCGAACUCGGCAUGUAUACUCUGUUGGCGGCUCUUUGCUUCGCCAUCUUAGCGUUCGUCAUAUCGUGCGUAGUCUACGCGUCCAAAUACAAACAGAACUCGUUGGAGAUGCCCACUACCACAUUGAUGACAAAAUCGUUCAUGAGUAACAUGAAUGGGGCUAAGGACGGUGGUGGAGGUAUUGGUGGAGUGGUCGGUAGUGCCAAACCUUUGUCAGAUGAACCGACUAUGAACGCCCACGAUUGGGUGUGGUUGGGCAGAUCUACGUUGGAACGCUCGUCCGGCAUGCUGGUGCCGUCUAUGGGUAACAAAUCGCACAACAACAACAAUAAUAACAACAAUAUUAACAACAACCAAAUCAACGAGCACAAUAUGAGAAUCAUGUCGAACCCCAUUUAUGGCGUAGAUAACAACGGUAGUGGUAACAUUGGUAACCACCAGCAGCAACAGCAAGUUUGCAGUAGAAAUCCUGCUUCGCAGAUCAAUACUUCCACGUACAGCGUAAAGGACCGGCUGUCCAAUGGCAACAUCGUUUUCAAUAAGCUAUGGAAAGUACUUCCGACACCGAAUGACCAGAACCUGGAGAAACCAGCCGACUAUAGGCCACCGGUGCCACCGCACAGGACGCAGUUGAACAACGCGGACAACAUGAUGAUCGGCGACGGCGACAAUGAUGAUGAACAAGCGCCGCCACCCCCAAAACGGCAACACCAUCAUCACCAUCACCAUCACCGCAACCGCAGUCAAGGCGGUGGCAGAUCUUCGUCGAUCGUUGGCAACCAUAACAACCCUAAACUGCCGGAGAGGAACUCCGACCCACUGUUCGUGGAGACCUGUAACCGGCGAUCGAUGGAUGUGAAACGGGCCGCAAUCAUUGGGAAUCCGAUGUUCGCUUUCGAUCCCGCAUCCACGGACCAGAAACAACAGAACGCCGGCGCCAGCGACACAAUCAAACUCGACGACCUCAACCUUGGCAUGGACUAUAAACAGCUGAUGGAGUACUUUGACAACCUGAAAGAGUCAAACGCUUGAUUCGUCGUUGCCAACCGCAUACCCGUAUCGUUUCGCAACCCUCCGCUGUUACCAUUAACCAUACACACACUCCUACCACAGCAGUGAACACCUGCACGCGGCCCAUUCGCCUCAUCCCACCCUCACUCCCGGUCCCUUCACUACUUCUGUCUCUAUCUUACUGUCGCACACAAAAAGUCAAUUAAUUCAAAGGUUGUCGCUAUAUAAACUAUAAAAUAUACUUAGGUACGCUCUAUAGUAGUUGAACCAAAAAAGUAUACACUUCAGCUUCAGUAUUAUAUUGAAAAAAGGCGUACAACGAUGUUAGUAAAUUGUUCUCACGCUUACGGUUGUGAGGUAAUUUUGUAAUCCAAAUUUUACAUUAAACAUUUUAAAUUAGGUUGUUUCAGGUUGUUGGACGCAUAAUGGUAUCUAAUGACCCUAUUAUUAUUAUUAUUAUUAUUAUUAGUUAUUACCAUAUAUACACGAUAUCUACAUUUGAUACCAUUUGAUGCAUUAUUAGCCUUUGCUACUCAAUGUAUCUUUUGAAUUUUCUUUCUAAAAAUAAACUUAAUUUAUUUAAAUUUAUAUACAAAAUAUAAUCAUAUAUUGAUKUUUCAAACUACCUAUCUACUUGACAUUUAUUUUCGGACUUACAUAAUGAAAAAAAUAAAUUAAUUUCUAGACUAUUUUACAUGUACCUAUUCAAUCAAGCUUAUUUAUAGUUUCCAUAGUAAGUUUAUACAAAAAUAUUAGUUCCUUAAUCUAAAUUAUUAUUAAAAAAUGUAAAAGUCGCAAUUAUAUUACAGAUUAAAAGAAUAAUGAAAAAUAAGAAUAGAUAAGUUUUGUUACAUCUGUAAACUGUGCUAAAUGAUACCUUCGUUAUUUCCUAUUUUUUAUAAAUUAUAAUAUGUACGACAAUUAUUGCCGCUGUUAAUAAUAAUUAAGUUUCCAAUAUUUCGCUCUACACGUGUUUCUCUGAAUGUUCCUAAUUAUUGUAUCACUAUUUUGAUAAUAUUGUUUAAGCCAUUUUCCCUUUAGAUCAAUACUAUCAUUAAUCUAAACAUUUUUGUUAAAUUUAAUUGUUGAUUAUUUUUAAUUUUUUAGUUUGAUACCAAUUUUUG